CUGAAGACUUACAACGCUGCUCAUCUAAUCCAGGCUGAAGAUUCCCACAGCUCCGCGACACUUUUCAUUGGCAACACCGAUAUAAAAGACACACAGACACCAUGGAGCUGCGUCUCUCUGUCUGCGUCCUGCUGCUGCUUUGUGCAACAGAAAACUCAAAUGGAGGGAAGAUUCUGGUGUGGUACAGUGAUGCCAGCCACUGGAUCAACAUGAAGCCGGUACUGGAAACACUGGUGGACAGAGGACACCAGGUGACGGUCCUGGUCCCGAGCACAUCGCUGUUUAUGAACAGCAGCGAACCGUCUCGCUUCCAGUACGAACCUUUUGACGUCGACGUCUCAUUUGAAGAUUUAAAAAAGAUUUUAGAAGAUGUUAUUCACUUCUCUAUGUAUGAAAUGGAUUUCAUGAACCCCUUUGAGAUUUACACACAUCUUUUAAAUUUAAUAAAGAAAAACAUGAAGUUUUCUCUUAAAUUCCUGGAUGGCGUGGUGAAAUCAGAACCCAUCAUGAAGAAGCUGAAGGAGGGAAACUACGACCUGCUAUUUGCUGACGCAAUCUACACCGGAAGUGACCUGACUGCCGAUAUUUUAGGCAUCCCUCUGGUUCUUUCUUUGCGUUUCUCCAUUGCUCAUAAUGCUGAGAGGAUGUGUGGUCAACUACCUGCUCCUCCUUCCUUCGUCCCGGCUGCUAUGAGCAAACUCACAGACAAGAUGGAUUUCUCAGAGAGAUUGUUCAACGUCCUCUUCUACGCUCUGCAUGACUUCAUAAUAGACCAGUUCAUGUUGAAAGAUAUUGACAAACAUUAUUCUGAGAUUUUGGUGUGGUACACUGAAGCCAGCCACUGGAUCAACAUGAAACUGGUACUGGAAACACUGGUGGACAGAGGACACCAGGUGACGGUCCUGAUCCCGAGUGCGUCGAUGUUCAUGAACAGCAGCGAACCGUCUCGCUUCCAGUACGAACCUUUUGACGUCGACGUCUCAGUAAAAGAUUUAGAAAAGCUUUUUGAAGAUGUUAUUCAAUUCUCCUUGUACGAGAUGGAUUUCAUGACCCCCUACGAGAUUUCUGUAAAAUUUUUUGAUUUAAUGAAGAAUAACAUAAAUGUUUCUUUAAAGUUUUUGGAUGGCGUUGUGAAAUCAGAACCCAUCAUGAAGAAGCUGAAGGAGGGAAACUACGACGUGCUAUUUGCUGAUCCGAUCUACCCUGGCUAUGACCUGACUGCAGAUAUUCUGGGCAUCCCUCUGGUUCUUUCUUUGCGUUUCUCCAUUGCUCAUAAUCUUGAGAGGAUGUGUGGUCAACUACCUGCUCCUCCUUCCUUCGUCCCGGCUGCUAUGAGCAAACUCACAGACAAGAUGGAUUUCUCAGAGAGACUCUCCAAUGUCCUUUUCUACACUUCGCAGGAUAUUUUAAUAAGACAGUUCAUGUGGAAAUUGAUUGACGAAUAUUACUCUGAAAUCAAAGGAACACCCACCAGUGCCUGCGAGCUCGUGGGAAAGGCGGAUAUCUGGCUGCUGAGAACCUACUGGGAUUUUGAUUUUCCUCGUCCACUCCUCCCCAACUUUAAAUUUGUUGGAGGGAUCCACUGCAAACCAGCUAAACCUUUACCAGAGGAAAUGGAAAAGUUUGUCCAGAGCUCUGGAGAUGCUGGAAUUGUUGUCUUCUCUUUAGGAUCGAUGGUCAAGAACGUAUCCACGGAAAAGGCGAACAUGAUUGCCUCAGCGCUCGCUCAUCUUCCACAAAAGGUGCUGUGGAGAUACAGUGGCCAGAAACCCCAGACUCUGGGUUCAAACACCAGAAUAUACGACUGGAUCCCACAGAACGACCUGCUGGGUCAUCCUAAAACCAAGGCUUUCAUCACUCAUGGUGGAACAAAUGGGAUCUAUGAGGCCAUCUACCACGGCGUUCCCAUGGUGGGAAUCCCCAUGUUUGGUGACCAGCCAGACAACAUGGUGCACAUGGAGGCCAAAGGAGCUGCAGUUAGUGUUAAAUUUAACUUUAUGACAAAUGAGAGCCUCAGAGAUGCCGUAAACAUGGUCAUCAACAACAAAUCAUACAAAGAAAACGUGAUGCGACUGUCCAGAAUCCACCAUGACAGACCCAUGAGUCCUCGGGACGAGGCCGUCUUCUGGAUUGAGUUCACCAUGAGGAACAAAGGAGCCAAACACCUGAGGGUCCAGGCCCACGAACUCACCUGGUACCAGUACCACAGCCUGGACGUCCUAGCCUUCCUCCUUAUUAUAGAUCUGCUCCUCAUCUUCAUCCUCUUCAAGAGCUGCAGCUUCUGUUUCAAGAGAUGCUGCAGCAGAAAACAGACAAAGAGAAAAGCUGAGUAACAGACUGAAGUGAGAUCUACUGUUCAGGUGCUUUUCACACAGAAUGAGAAUCUAUUUUGUGGUUUUAAAAUUUGCACAUUUAAACAAUAGCAAAAAAAAAAAAUUAGGACUGAAAAGAAAUUAGUGUUCUGUACUUUAUUUUUAAAAAAGAAAUUAGUGUUAUUAUUUUUUCAGUAGUUUUUGUAUUAAGCUCCUUAUUCCAUUUCUCAAAUUCUGAGCAACUUUCCAGGUCCUGCUGAAAAAAUAACCAAACUAUGACACUGCCACUACCAUGCUUCAAUGUGGCACCACUGUGAAAAAUCUAGAAUGCCUCUGACAGAAAAUCCAUCUAUGGACUGGCUUCUCUUAGUCCAUAAAUCGGUUUUUUUCUUAACUGCGCUUAAAACCAUGAACUACUUUCCCAAUCACAUUUUGUCGUACUAAAUCAUGUAUUAAAUGCAACUUUUCUUUAUCAAUGUAUGUAUACAAUGGUAUUACUAUUAUUUGUAAACUGAACUGUCGUUUUCAGUGUGCUUUGCUUUCGUUCUGUAGUGCAAUGGUCUCUUUUUAUCACCGCGGACCGGUCAAGGCUUGGCAAUGUUACUGCGGCGCUGGAGACUGGUGGGGAGGUCACGUGACACAAUUUUCAAUUUUUAUGCCCCGAUUUUCCCCUUCUGACAAUCUUAGAACCUUCCGAGUUCUAAGAUUGUCGCUUGUGAUAAUCAUAUGAUUAUCUUGUCUGUGUAAUGUGUUACGUGGGACCGCUCCCAUCUAAAAUCGCGCAUAUCAAACAUUGUUUUGGCCCUUUUAUCAAAGCAUGUGGGGGUUUUCCCUGACUGGAAGCGAGAGCACACCCUGCUGAAUGCGAUAGGUAGCCAAUCAGAAAGUGUUUUGACGUAAGAACGGAGGGAAAUCCCGAACAGCUGACAUGGCGCAACCGAGAGUCCGGUUUAGUGAACAAUGCAGCAAAUAGAGCGGCUGCUCCCGCAGUCUUUUAUCCAACGUUUUGUUUUGUUUUGGGGGGGAGUUACGUCUUUUAUAGCUUAAUAUGAGUCCACAAACUAUCACUAUUGCUUCUACAUUGCCGGACAUCUUUGUUACUCAGGUAUGGUAUGUUGGGGGGUUUUACGGGAUUUUCUUCAGGAAUUGGGAGUGGAAUCGGUUCGUGUGUGGUGUGUUGCUCCUGCUGUGUCGUGUGUGAUCACAGAGGCCGACAAUCCUUAAAUCGUGCUGCGUGAACCAGACCUAAAGCUCAGAAGCUCUACUCCUCUCAUGUCGUCUCGACCGCUAAAGCUCUCUGACUCUGGUCGCUAUGGUAACAUUUACAUAUUCCUUCAAAGUAAAACGAACAUUUUACUUUCGUGAAAAUUUUAACUCAUGAUAACAACUAAUGGGAGCCCUGAGCUUGUUUCUCUGCAACCAGACGGUUCCAUCUGAGAGCGAUGAGAGACAAUGACACCCGAAGUGUUGCUUAUGCACAAGGUGUCUGGUCUCUACCUUGAGAAGCAGUUUGAAGCUUCAUUGCCUCAUUAACGAGCCGAUCACCAUAUCAUGCAGAUUGGGCUUGGAAUGUGGAAAUCACCUGCCAGGAUAAAUCCAUUCUCCUGUCUCUUUCCUGGGCCUUUUUCCCUUCGCAAAGAAACUUUCCAAAGACAUAUGAUCUGUUUCUUACUGAUUUUGGUGCUUGUGGGCUCAAUGUUGGCGAGCAAGACGUAACCGAGAGAAUCCGGUUAAAGGAUUUUCAAAAUAAAAGAUCCCCCAGACUUAAAUAAUACAUAAAACGGAAAUAUUUAAUUAUUUCUUGUGCGGCUCAGUGCCAAUUGGUCCGCGGCCCGGGCGUUGGGGACUAUUGCAGUAGUGUACAAUAAUACAAAGCUUCAACAAAGCAGUUAAAAAGGCUACAUUUAUUGACAUUUCAGACACUUCUAUUAAUAAUCAGAUUCAAAAUUUUUAUGCUUAUUUCCAUUGCUUUUCUAGCUCAGAAAAAUGUAUCACAUUAUUCAUAAUCAGUCAUAAAAAUAUUGUGUAAACUCACAGUGAAUCUCCAACCUCCCAUUCAUCAGCAAAGUUAUUGAAAAAGUUGUGUGUAAACAGUUAAAUAGCUUCCUAACGAUAACCAACCGCUUUGACUCCUUCCAAUCUGGUUUCCGGUCUCACCACAGCACAGAAACUGCCCUCGUAAAAGUGUUCAAUGACAUCCAUAUAAAUACGGACUGUGGGAGAACCACAGUGCUGGUUCUGUUGGACCUCAGUGCAGCUUUUGACACUGUUGACCAUGACAUAUUACUGAAUCGACUGGAGAGUUGGGUCGGACUCUCUUGUCCAGUGCUUAACUGGUUUGAACUGUACAUAAAGAACAGGGAUUUCUUUGUUUCAAUUGGAAACUUCACAUCAAAGAGGUCAAAGGUCACAUGUGGGGUACCCCAAGGUUCAAUCCUAGGACUACUCUUAUUCAAUAUCUAUAUGCUCCCACUAGCUCAG